CAAAAGGGUAGAUUUGGGAUAUAUAAGAAUUGUGUUCUUCAGAUGUUGCCAUAACAAUCACACGCUUCAUUCCUAUUACUUUUAUACAGUUUUCAUCUGAUCUCAUACAUUUUCUUCUUCGCUUUCUGUAAACUUAUACCGCCUUUGUGACAAUGCAGUUCAAAGUAUUGGUUCCUGUAGCAGCUCUACUGUCUCUACAGCUUUCUUCUGUUCUGGCUGCCCCAGUAGCAGAAGCAGAGACAGUUGACGCCUCCUUCGAACUCGAAAAACGUAUCGGUACAGACGCUGGAGACGGAACAAAAGCCAAGCCAUACAUUUUCAAUAUUGAUUGUGCUGGUGUCGAAGAAGUAUGCGAGGCUCAAUGCGCUGCGAUUCUCUGCUUCAAAUCGCCUUCAUUGCUUCAAUAUGGAGGACCAGGAUCUAAUACGGCACAGAGAACAGCAAGUGGUGCCGGAUCGGACCCUUUCAGACCUCCCUUAGCAACAUUGGUUGGGGGCUCAAAAAUUGAUUUAUCAGCUUUGAAACAGUCCACUUGGACUAGUCCGGAAGAUACCACCAAUGCAUCCGCCAAAGAGGGUGGGAUCGGUUGUCUCAUCGCACCUGUCGAUCCAGGCCAUAACACAAAGGAGGGAUCUCGAGUCUCCGGACAAAUCAGUCACUACAAAGCCAAGAAAGACGAAUACUUCAAGAAGAAGUACCACAACGCGGGUAAAUACUGUAAAGCACUAGAUGCAGGAAAAGCAGCAGACACAGUUUGUAAGAAUGCACCUUCAACCGACCCUGUCAACUUUAUGUAUCGAAGAACAUCCAAAAAGAGUGGAAACUCACUCCUCUGGCAACACCUCAAGUACGGAACUGACACAUGGGCUGUCAACUUCCCCGGAUAUUCUUGAAUGUUUGGACGAAUUUUAUGAUUUGACGGGUGAUCAGAUUGCUAUGCCUUGCAUACGAUUUGAGAAAUUGGGGAGUUAUGUUCCGGGAAGGGGUGGACUUGAAUUUUCUUUCAUACUUGCACUAUUUGGGUAGACCUUUUUGUGAUUUUUUGCUUGGGUUGCUUUAUUGUAUUGGUGGAAUGGCGAGGAAUAUGGUAUGCGGGCACAUAGAUUUAUCAGAACAGAAUGAUGAACUCACAUUCUUUCCGAAUAUUUCUGGAUCUUGGAUCUUACUAUUCGAUGUUCUAGGCCU